AUGGCAAUUUACCGAUUCAUAGUGGACACAGAUGCCUCGAGGCCAUCAAGGUCCUCAAGGAAGUCUUCCUCCUCAUACAACCCUUUUGGACAGUUUCAAGGUCCACCUCCUAACUCGAAACUCUUCCCGGAUCAUUGGCUUCAAAAGACGCAAGCUAGCGAUUUAAGCAUAAAUUUCGACGCAGUCUCCCGGCUCUCCUGUGCCGUAGUCAGCGCUCUACAGUCGAUCUCGUGCCGUUACCCGUCCGUCUCUCGCCGACUGGUCGAUCUGAAGAUGCACACUUCCGCUUUGUCACUCGCUAGAUGGGGCUUUGUCUUCUCUGCGGCUUCUGCUGCUGCCAGCAAUGCCCAUAUCGCCCCUAGAGCUACCCAGGCUCCCUCGACCACAGCAGCCAAGCCUGAGGUAACUGCUAUUACAGGAUGCCACCUUCAUGCCUCUGAACUAUAUUGUUUCGCUGGUGAGACCGAGUACUUGGUAGAUGUCAAGGUCACUGCAACCACAGACGUACCUUCGCAGUACACCGACUGCCAUUCCCAUGGCUCUGAUAUGUUCUGUGUAGACUCUGACGGUGGAGAUGUUUCUGUUCAAGCUGAAGGUGCUGAGUCAGAAGAGGACCACGCAAAGGAAGGUGAAGAUCAUGACCACGACCACGAUCAUGAGAAAGCAAGUAGCACCGGAACUGCAGCCGCAGCUGAAAACACCGAAGAAGCUGAGAAUGAGCACUGCCAUUUCCAUGCUGGUGUUGAACACUGCACAGGCGGUAGCGGCCAUGGCCACAGCGAUUCUGAAUCCAGCGAGUCGGAGUCUGGCUCUUCCUCCUCGGCAUGCCAGCCUCGAAGGAGAGACUAUGACGUUGGUCUCCGUGUUGGUCUGCUCUUCGUUAUCCUAGCCACAGGUGCUCUGGGUGUCUUUGGCCCCAUCCUGCUGCACAAGAUGAUGCCCAGCAAACUCAACAUUGUCCUCAUUGUAUUAAAGCAAUUUGGUACUGGUAUUAUAAUCUCUACCGCCUUUGUCCACCUAUACACCCAUGCAUUCCUCAUGUUCGGCAACCAGUGUAUUGGAGAGUUGGGUUAUGAAGCUACGACAUCCGCUCUUGUCAUGGCUGGCAUCUUCCUUUCUUUCCUUGUUGAGUACAUCGGCAACCGCAUUGUCCUCGCAAAGACAAAGGCUUCAGCCAAUCUCUCUACUGCCGAAAAGAAGAGCGCCUGGUUGUCCACUGAGGUUGUCAGUGUUCUUGUCAUGGAGAUGGGUAUCCUCUUCCACUCUCUUCUUAUCGGCUUAACGCUCGUUGUAGCGGGUGACGAAUACUUCCUGACCUUAUUCGUCGUCAUUCUUUUCCAUCAGAUGUUUGAAGGUAUCGCUCUUGGAAGCCGAAUCGCCACCAUCGGUACUUCUAACGAUAGUCAUGCCCCACCCGUGCCUCGUGUCUCCCAGGACACUUCCUCCGCUCAAGAUUCAGAUAAGGCUCCUGCUUCCACUGAGACCAUCCCUAACGAGGAAUCGGCCCCUGCUGGUUUGACCAUGAAGAAGAAGCUCGGCCUUGCCUCUCUUUUCGCCUUCAUUACUCCCAUCGGCAUGGCCAUUGGCAUCGGUGUCUUGCAACAAUUCAACGGUAACGACAAGUCUACUCUCAUCGCCAUCGGUACCCUCGACGCCGUCUCCGCAGGUAUCCUCAUGUGGGUUGGACUUGUAGAGAUGUGGGCUGCAGACUGGAUGACAGGGGGCCAUGGCCACAAGGCUGAGCUCGCUGACGCCAAUCUGCUCACUACCAUUCUUGCCGGCACUGGUCUGGUUGCCGGCCUGGUGGUGAUGAGUCUUUUGGGUAAGUGGGCAUAG